CCCUAACCCUAACAGCUGGUGACCCUCUCCUCUCUCUCUCGUUGAAGUUAUCCCCGCCGCCUCUCGCCGGAGAAGCGGUCACACGGCCGUCAUUGCCUCUCGCUCUCGGCUGAGGAGAUACUUCUUCUUCUUCUCAGUAUAUAUGCUUAAUUAAACAAAUAUUGCCCUUCAAGCACUCCAUCAACAUGUUCCCUUCAUCCUCCUCUGGUGUGUCGCCAUCCGCGGCUGUUGACUUCCUCUCCCUCUGCCGCAAUCUCAAGACAACAAAGAGGACAGGAUGGGUUCGGCGUGGUGUGUGCGGGCCAGAGUCAGUGGCAGACCACAUGUAUCGCAUGGGCAUCAUGGCCUUAAUUGCCCCAGACAUCCCUGGCAUCAAUCGUGAUAGAUGCGUCAAGAUGGCCAUUGUGCAUGAUAUUGCUGAAGCUAUUGUUGGAGAUAUCACACCAUUUGAUGGAGUGUCAAAGUUGGAGAAGAGUCGAAUGGAGAAGGAGGCACUAGAUCACAUGUGCAAGUUACUUGGUGGAGAGUCCAGAGCUAAAAAAAUUGUUGAGUUAUGGACAGAGUAUGAGGAGAAUUCUUCCCCAGAGGCAAAAAUUGUCAAGGACUUUGACAAGGUAGAGAUGAUCCUUCAAGCAUUGGAGUAUGAGAAAGAACAAGAGAUAGACUUGGAUGAGUUUUUCCAGUCGACUGUUGGUAAAUUUCAGACUGAUGUGGGUAGAGCGUGGGCGACCGAAAUUGUGUCGAGAAGGAAAAAAUCUGAUUGAAAUGCCCAACCUUUUAUUAUGUUGUUGUCAUUCAUGCAAGUGACCUUUCACAUAGAUGCAGCAUCAAAUGUGAGAUUUUAAGAUGUACCAUUGGUUGGUUUUGUGGUAUUAACAAAGGCCAUGUCAACUUACGUUAGGCUGAAUAUAUUACAUUUGGCAAAUAUUAUCAUAACCUUCUUAG